AGGGAUGUUCGGUUAUCAGGCGGAGGGGAAGAAAUUGAACGCCUCCCUUAAUUCUCGAGACCCCUUUCAAGCAUUCUCAUAGAGGAGAGGGGGAAGAUUGAGGGAGUGCCGGUCGGCGUGCUCCUCCGUGCUGGUGGUUUCCGGCUUAUCCGGAAAGCCUUGCGGGCCACGUCCGCAAUCUUAGGCCGGCCAGCUCCGGCGGACGAGAGAACUCUCCCGGUUUCCGACGAGUCGCAGCUGUGCAUUCACGUGCUAGCUGCUCUUUUUUUCUCGUGUGACGUCCAGCUGUAACGUCGUCAUCUUGAGCAUCGUCGUGGUUUUCUUGAUGACCGUCCCCAUCGUUGUCGAAGGAAUUCCGGUCGUUUAAUUUUUCGGCUGGAGAUUCGUCCUCUUUGGAUCGUCGGAUGCUUUUCUGAUCGGAAUGCGGAAUGCGGCUUUUCAGUGUGCUUUUUUAAGUCCUGAGUGAGUUGUUUUUUGCUUUCUGGAUUUGCAUUGUUUGUUUGGAGGAAGAAAAGAGAAGGAGGGAGAUAUUUUGAAGCGCAAUCGGAGCCAGGAUGCUGGACGAAUUGCUCGGCCGGGGGCUUUCUUCCAAAUGUAAAUCGUUGAUCAAGUUAAUUCAGUCGAGACUAGACACGAUAAGGCGGAAGAGGAACUGCACGCUCAAGAUCCUGAGGACGGAUGUAGCGGAUCUGCUGACCCGCGGACAGGAAAUGAAAGCCUUCGAUCGAGCUGAGGUCUUCAUAACUGAGCAAAGUCGCUCCACUGCAUAUGAUAUGGUUGAACAGUUUUGUGCUUCCAUCUUAAGCAAUCUACCUGCCAUUCAGAAGCAAAGGGAAUGCCCUCCAGAAAGUAUGGAGGCCGUGGCAAGUCUCAUGUUUGCUGCAGCUAGAUUUGCUGAUUUGCCAGAACUACGCAACCUUAGGGGUAUAUUCUCAGAGAGAUAUGGUAUUGCUGCGACAUAUAAUGCUGCAGACUUGCACACUUUUCCUGGUUGUGCUGUUAAUCAAGAGUUUGCAGAGAUAUUCUCAUCAAAACCUCCUUCAACAGACAAGAAGUUGAAACUAAUGCGAGAAAUAUCAAAAGACUCAUCUAUCGAGUGGGAUUCGAAGGCCUUUGAGGAAAGGGUUAAAAAUCCUCAUGCAUCAACUAAUGUUGCUGCAGGUAAACAAUUGCCUCAACUGAAUGAGGGACAAAAGCAUGGGGAUGACGUUGCUCAUGAUAAUGGCAGUCAAGACCAAUUUCCUUACAGAAACACUGAAACUCCUCCAGAAUAUGCAAGGGAAAAAAAUGUAAGGCAUGAUCCGAUCGCUGCAGAUGUCCACCAGGAGAUUUUGUCCCACAGAAAGAGUGAGCAACCUAUGGAGCAUUCUAGGAAGACUACACUGUUGUACAAUGAUACAAUCAAUGAAAAGGAUAAAAGAUUACACCAGAGAAGAAAUAGCAGGAAAUCUGAACCCUCUCUGCAUCAUCUGAAGGAGCCUGACUGUGAGUUGGAUGACACACUAAAUGGUAACUAUGGACGCAAGGAGCAAUCUAGAAGAAAAAAUGAACUUUCUCAGGGAUAUGCUGUAAAAUCGGAUAGGCGAGGGGGUGAUAUGCUUGAUGAAAGAUUUGAUCCAGAUGUCUUAUCUCAUGGAAGGUGCAAAGAACGUUCAGACUAUGAAAUACAAGAGAUGUGGAAUGAUGCAGCGGAUAAGCGAGUGAAGAAGACUUGGUCCAAUAACAGAGAAGCUACUCUCGACAUUUCAAGUGAACCAAAAAAGACACCGGAUGAGGCCUAUGAAAGGGAUGAGCUAGAAAGGUUGUCUCACAGAAGCAAAUCUCCUUAUCUUUUCACUAAAACAACCGAGAAGAUGCAUGAAGGCUCCUACAAGGGGAAUGCUCAUGAAAGCUUGCCUCAUAGGCCAAUGGUUGAACACCAAGAGAAUCUAACUCAGAGGAGGAAGCCUCCUUUUACCAAUGACAAAACAGCAGCCGAUAUGAAUGAAACAAAAGACUAUGCAAAUGCUGAAAGUUUUCCGCAUAGAAGUGACCAUGGACCGGGUGAUAGGCAAGAAGAGCUGGUUCACAGGCCCCCAUAUAGUUACAAAACUACAACAAAGAAAAUGCCUUAUAAAGGGAAUGGUCAUGAAUCUUAUGAUAAAGAUAAUUAUCUUCAGAGAAGCAAGCCUGAAGCAGGAAUGCAUGAAGAUGCAAAUUAUAGAGGGAAUGAUCCUAGCACAUUUUCUCCUCGAUCACCACUGGGUGGUGAUCAGCAGAUGCUUCACAACAGCAAGCCCUCCUAUGCUUACAAAAGAACACCUGAGAUGGUGCAUCAAGACACAUUCCAUGAAGGGUACGAUCAUGAAAGUACUUCCCAUCAUAGAAGACCGCGGCAGUUCGAUAAUGAUGAAGAGAAGCGGCAUCACAGAAGCAAGCCUCCUCAUGGUAACAGGACAGCAAAGAUACAUGUGGAUGCGUACUAUGAUGAGAAUGAGUGGGAGAUUUUGCCGCAGCGAAAUCAAUCACCACUCUAUGAUGAUCAAAAGGUGUGUCACAAGGGCAAAUUAAGAUUGCAUGAUGAUAAACCCUAUGAUCAGAACAAUCAUGAGACACUAUCGGAUAGAACUCAAUCUCCAUUGGGUGACAAGAAGGAGAAGCUAUCUCGUAGAAGCAAAUCUCCUCGUCCUUAUACUAGAGCAACAGAUAAUAUCAGUAAUGAUGUUUUGUGCAGAGAGACUGAUUACGAAACAUUGUUAGAUGAAAGUCGAUCUGCAGAAUGCAGAAGAACCCAGGAGAAAAUUGGAGACGGCACAAUCCUGAGAAAGGGCAAGCGUAACACAUCAGCCCGCAAAAGUGAAGCCUCUGUGGAUCAUCUUGCUGAACUGGAUGAGGUGGACAAUGCACAUGUUCCCACUGGUUUUGAUGUCCAUCUGAGGACAGAAGGAAGAGAAGAAUUAGACAACUUGAAGGCCCGCAUCAAGAAUGUGAAGCCUCCUUAUGUCAUAUUAACGGACCAAAAAGUUUCAUCAUAUUCUGAAGAUGCGGAUGGCCGUAACGAUCAUCAAAAUGCUGAUUAUCGACCUGCUUCGAACACAAAAGGAGAUGCAGAAAAAGAAAUGAAGCCUAAUCACAACAGAAUUAUAAGGCCUCCUCCAUAUGUAGUAUCAACCAAAGGUGGAAAAUCUAAAAAUGGUGCAGAGGGCAGACGUGCAGACGUCAAUUGUGAACAAGAUGAUGAAAUCUUAGCUGCCGAUGAUGACUCUGCUUACAGGGUGAGGGCACCAAUUGACCGUCCUUGCAAUCGUGAUAGGGAGGGAGGCCGAGUAAACAGGUUUGACCGGCAUAGAGAGGCGAUUGCUGAACAUGACACUGCUCACCGUGACAAAUUUCUAAAACCAGCAUCUGUCCGACAGAGGCAUCCCCAAGCUUAUGUGAAUACUGAUGAGGAUGAUGAUUAUCCUCCUCAUCACAUGAAACAUGAUAAGCAUAAGCCUACAAGGAGGGUACUGGAUCAGAGUGAAGAUGGUGUUCAUGAGGCUGGGUAUUCUCGGAGCAGGCAUAAGUACAGGGAGGAAACAUCACAUGGAGUUGACCUAGUUGAUGACAAACCAAGACGCCACCAUGGAAGGCCAGUUCAGCAUCAUCUGAACGAAGAAGACGAGGAUAAAAUCAUGGAUGAGCUCUUGCUACAUUACAGUCAGAAGGGGACACCUCAAGUGGCAAACGACAUUCAAGUGGGAAGCAAGCCUCCUAGCCCACCUAUUGCUGGUGUUAGUGGUCAUACAUCAGCCAGAAGACGAUCAGCAACGAGAGCUGGAAGCGAUCCUCGUUUAGAAUUUAGUCGUGCUCCUAACAGGGCAGUAUCACUCGCUCCUGAGCAGUCGCAGUCUGAAGAGAAGGUCACGUUACAUGUCCGUGCGACCUCAAUGCAGCCAGACAUGUAUAAUGGUCAUGUUCAUCCGAAGCUUCCAGACUAUGAUGAUUUGGCUGUUCGUUUUGCAGCACUGAGGAGGCAAAGUAAUGGCUAGUCUGCUAUAUGUGCAAACAAAUUUCUUUCCACGGUUUGCCCCUGAGCAGAAAUAGCUUCUGCUUACCAAGAAAGUUACACAUUGUACAGUUCGUUGCUUUGUUGCUAGGAAGUACUCGUCUGAGUCGUAUCUUUUACUGACCUGAGCUGUGUAGUUUUUCAAAUUUCAUAAUUCAUUUCAUUGAAAUGAGCUAUACGAAACUCUAUACUUU